AUGGCAGAGGCAAGUAUUUCGGUGUGUAAGGACCAGUUCAUGUGCCCAGUCUGUCUGGAUCUCUUUAAGGAUCCCGUGACUAUUCCCUGUGGACACAGUUACUGUAUGGGUUGUAUUAGGGGCUACUGGGGGCAGGAUGAUCAGAAGGGAGUCUACAGCUGCCCCCAGUGCAGACAGAACAUCCGUCAAAGACCUGUCCUGCGUAAAAACACCAUACUGGCUGAGGUGAUGGAGAAACUGAAGAGGACAAGACUCCAAGGAGCUGCUGUUCCUCCUGAUGACUAUUCAAAUGCACCUGGAGUUGUGGAGUGUGAUUUUUGUACCAGGAAUAAAGAAAAAGCCGUCAAGACCUGUCUGACAUGUCUGGCUUCAUUCUGUCAGAUUCACCUCCAGCCUCACUAUGAGUCUUCUGCCCUCCAGAAACACACGCUGGUCAAAGCCUCCACACGACUACAGGACAAGAUUUGCUCCCGUCACAACAAACUAAUAGAGCUUUGGUGUCAAACUGACCAACAGUUCAUGUGUUAUCUGUGUAUGGUGGAUGAACACAGAGGCCAUAAAACAAUAUCAGUGGCAGCAGAGAGGACUGACAGAGAGAAACAGCUGGGAGAGGUAAAGAAAAAAACCCAGCAGAGAAUCCAGGAGAGAGAGAAGGAGCUGCAGGAGCUGAGGCAGACUGUGGAGUCUCUGAGGCGCUCUGCACAGGCAGCAGUGGAGGACAGCGAGAGGAUCUUUACUGAGCUGAUCUGCUCCAUCGAGAGAAGGCGCCGUGAGGUGACACAGCUGAUCAGAGAUCAGGAGAAGAAUGAACUGAGUCAGGCUGAAAGACUCCUGGGGCAGCUGGAGCAGGAGGUUGCUGAUUUGAGGAGGAGAUAUGCUGAGCAGGAGCAGAAUUUCUCAUCUUUAUCAGGCACCCCUGGAUCUGAUGACUUACCCAGCAUCACUUUUAGUCCACACCUUUCUUUUGAGGAUAUAGGACAAUCUGUCGCUCAGCUGAGAGAACAAAUGGAACAGUUGUGUGUCGAAGAGUUUGGAAGACUUUACAGUAAAGUGUCAAACAUCAAGAUCCUUCCUCCUCUUGAACCAAAGACAAGAGAAAUGUUCUUACAAUAUUCCUGUGGACUCACACUGGAUCCCAACACUGCACAUCAGUACCUCUGUCUGUCUGAAGGGAACAGAGUGGCUAUAAACUGUAACAAAACCCAGUCUUAUCCUGAUCAUCCAGAGAGAUUUGAUGGAUGGCUUCAAGUGUUGUGUAAAGAGAGUGUGUCUGCAUGCUGUUACUGGGAGACUGAGUGGAGUGGAGACAUUGGGGUUUAUAUUGCAGUGUCAUAUAAAGGCAUCAUCAGGAAAGGAGGACGCAAUGAGAGUCUGUUUGGAUAUAAUGAUCAGUCCUGGAGUUUGAUCUGCUCUCCUUCCAGUUACUCGUUCUGGCACAAUAAUAAAGAGACUAAACUUUCCGCAGUCCCCAGUUCCUCCAGAAUAGGAGUGUAUGUGGACCACAGGGCAGGAAACUUGUCCUUCUACAGCGUCUCUGACACAAUGACCCUCCUCCACAGAGUCCAGACCACAUUCACUCAGCCCCUCUAUCCUGGGUUUUUCGUCUGUAGGAGAUCAAAUCUGAGGUUAUGCCACCUUCCAAACUGA